AUGUCUGAAGAAGAAUCAUUCGUUAUCUUGGGAUCAUCACCAAUGCCGUCAUUGGAACAUGAUGGUGGUGAUCGUAACGAUUCUGGUGCUGAUGUCUCCAUACAAUCGGAUACACCUGGCAGUUGUUUCACAUCGUUGAAAAGUAGUCAAAUAAAUGAGCUACAAAAUGCAAGUCAAAUAUCCAAUAAAACCCCAACACCAUCUGCAUCUACAUCGAUGAUUGCAAAAGAAACUUCCGUAAUUCCAUCUGAAGUUUCACCACUUUUGACAACAUCUAAGGCGAGUGCAUCGAGUUCAAUGCAACGUUCGGCUGAAAAUAUUCUUUGGUCACGACCACAAGUUGAAGUUAAAAAUAGUGAUUAUUUGCCACUCAGCUUGGAAGAUUGCGCCUUGCAAUCACCAUUGGAACGUAGUCCAAAAACAUCAUUAAAUUCACGACCACCGCCAUCACCACUUAAUGUGUCCAUGCAGUCGAAUAAUAAGGAAAAUAUAAAACCAUCUACAGCAGCAAAUGGCGUCGAGAAAAAUUUAGUAACCUCACAAGUGAUGACAAAUCAACAAGCUUCGACAUCUUCUAAAGGCGCCAGUUUGGCAAGCAGUUUUAUAUUGGGUGAAGUUAAUGCAGAUGCUUUGAAGUCAAGUGUUUAUUCCCAAUUCCCCAGUAUUUCAAUGCAGGCCAGUGCAGAGGAUGUCAUGAAAUUGCAAACCAUGUGUAAUGAAUAUAUGCAACUAAAAUCAACACUCGAGAAAGUGAAUAACACAAUGUCGUUAUUCUAUAAGAACUCACUUGAAUGGAAGGAAAAAAUGAAUAAUAUGGAAGAUCAUUAUAAACAACAAUUGAAUGAUUGUCAAAAUCAAAUUGAAGCUUUACGCGCGGAAAAUCUUCAACUCAAAAAAUCAAUCGAUGAACAAAUUGAACAAACCAAGGCUGUGGAUUUGGCCAGACAAAAUGACCGUGAGGAGAUGAUUAAGACCAUAUCGGAAAAGAAUUCUUUGGUGGAAAAUAUGAGAGCACAAAUUGUUAAAUUGGAAGAGCAAAAUACGACAUUUGAAUUUGUACCAAAGAAAACUGCGAGCAAAACCGAUGGCAAUUUCGAUAAUUUAUAUAUAACACGAGCCGAACACGAUAAAAUAGUUAAGGAUCUUAAACGACAGCUAUCUGAAUUAUUGGCCCAAAAUCUUGAUAAACAAGAUAUGGAAAAAACCUACAUUGAUGAAUUGAAUUGCCUAAGAGUUAAUUUUACUGCAGCCGAAGAAUUAAUUGCUAAAAGUCGUGCCGAAUUGGCUGAACUUAAAGCAGCCGAUAUAACAAAACAGAAUCGAAAUGAAUUACUGUUACACGAAAAUACCAUACAAAAUGAACGUAUUGUGCUAUUGGAACAACAAAAUGAAGUACAUCGUAAAGAUUUCGAAAUGGAACGUGAAAGUCGUCAAACAGCUGUGGGUGAAAAAGCACAAGUUUUACAAGAUUUAAGAGCGCUGCAAAAACGUAAUCAAGAAUUGCUAGAGGAGAGACAAAAACUAAUUGAAAAUUAUGAACGUAGAGUGUCGACAAUGUCAUCAUCAUCAAUUGGUGGAGGAUCAACAUCAUCUUUGGUGGCUGCUGCAGCAGCUGCCCAGGCGUAUAUUAACAAUCCCCAAAGGCCGAUUAGGCAGGAAUUAACACCUCCCUCACCAGCUGGCCAAUCGGUGGCACCAGCCCUGCUCAGUUGCCCGAUUUGUAAUAAAACAUUUAAAUCAUUAUCGGUCUUACAGAGUCAUGCUAAUGAUUGCAUAGAUAGGACUUAG